UGCUCCUAAAAAGACAGGGGCUGUACGCAUAUGUGUUGACCUCACCAAGCUGAAUGAGUCUGUGUGCAGAGAGAAGUAUAUUCUUCCCUCUGUAGAUGAAACACUUGGUAAGUUAGCAGGAGCUAACAUUUUCAGUAAAUUAGAUGCUAAUAUGGGGUUCUGGCAGAUCCCUUUAACUGAAGAUACUGCAAAAUAUACAACUUUUAUUACACCUUUUGGUCGUUAUUAUUUUAAACGGCUACCCUUCGGUAUAGCUUCUGCCCCUGAGCAUUUCCAGAACAGAAUGGUAACAGAGGUUACGGAGGGAUUUGAGGGUGUAGUUUGCCACAUGGAUGAUGUGUUGGUGUGGGGGAGAACACAGGAGGAGCAUGAUGCUCGUCUGUAUACCGUUCUUGGAAAGAUUCAAGAAGCCGGUAUUACACUGAACAUUGAUAAAUGUGAUCUUUCAAAGCAGAGUGUAACAUUUUUGGGCCAUAUUAUUUCUGUUAAUGGAGUUAGUCCUGAUCCAAAUAAAACAGAAGCUGUGAGAAAGAUGAAAGAACCAAGAAAUGUGAGUGAACUAAGAAGUUUCCUUGGAAUGGUUAACCAGCUGGGGAGGUUUAUUCCAAAGUUGGCAGAGCGAGACAAGCCUUUGAGGGAUCUCUUGUCAAAGAAAAACUGUUGGAUAUGGGGAGUUGAUCAAGCUAGAGCAUUUCAAGAACUGAAAGAUUUGCUUUCAUCCCCGCCAGUGUUAGCCAUGUACGAUACUAACCGGGAAUGUAAGGUUUCAGCAGAUGCGUCAGCUUAUGGUCUGGGGAGUGUGCUGCUCCAAAAGUGGGGUCAGGAGUGGAGACCUGUUGCAUACGUGUCACGAUCUCUAACACAGACUGAGCAGAGAUAUGCACAAGUGGAAAAAGAAGCUUUAAGUCUUACUUGGGCUUGUGAAAGAUUCAGUAAUUAUCUCGUUGGCAAACAUUUCCAAAUGGAGACAGAUCAUAAACCACUUCUGAGUCUUUUGAGUUCCCAGAUGUUAGAUGAUCUUCCACCACGUAUUCAGCGUUUUAGAAUGCGUCUCAUGAGAUAUUCUUAUUCCAUCUCAUAUGUGCCAGGGAAACAUCUGUGGACAGCUGAUACACUGUCACGUGCCCCUAUGAUAGAAAAUUUAUCAACAACUGAAGCAAAGUUGGUUGACGAUUCAAAUAUUUAUGUGGAUAAUGUGAUCCAAAACCUGCCUGCAAGCACUGGCUACCUUGAGGAGCUGAGACAGGAGCUGACGAGGGAUAGUAUAUGUGCCCGUGUGAUGCAGCUGUGUGAGGAAGGAUGGCCUACACACUACAACAGUGAACCAGCACUCAGACUGUAUUGGGCUGAAAAGGCAUUUCUUACGGUGAAUGAUGGUCUUUUGUUAAGAGGAGAAAGACUUGUUAUUCCUUCAACUAUGAGAAAUGAUGUGCUCAUGAAAUUACAUGAGGGACAUCAGGGAGUGGUGAAAUGCAGAGAACGAGCACAGCAGUCAGUGUGGUGGCCUGGACUGGGCCAGCAGCUAAAAGAACUGGUUCUAAAAUGCCACACCUGCAACAGAGAGAAAGAAAAUCCCACAGAGCCAUUGAUGCCAUCACAGUAUCCGGACAGACCAUGGCAAAAACUUGGGGCCGAUCUGUUUACUUUGCAAGGGAAAAAUUAUAUUCUGGUUGUGGAUUAUGCAUCAAGAUUUGUGGAAAUUGCUCAACUGAGUCCCACAAGAUCAGCAGAUGUGAUUCCUCACCUGAAAUCUGUGUUUGCACGUCACGGCAUUCCAGAAGUAAUGAUCACAGAUAAUGGUCCUCAGUUUUCUUGUGCUGCUUUUGCUACAUUUGCUAAGUUAUAUGGGUUUAGCCAUAUUACAAGUAGCCCAAGAUAUCCACAAAGUAACGGGGAAGCUGAACGUGCAGUUAAAACCAUAAAGAACUUGUUGAAGAAAGCAGCUGAUCCCUAUCUAGCCUUACUCGCCUACCGAGCAACCCCACUUUGGAAUGGGUACAGUCCAGCGGAGCUCCUUAUGGGAAGAAGGCUUCGCACGACUGUGCCAACACUUCCAUCUUUGUUGAGGCCUGUUCUUCCAAAAAGCGAAAUCGUCGUCAUUUGGUUACCAUGGAGCCUUCGACAGAGCCAGAAGUACCGGAAGGUGAUGCUGGUGCAGAACAAGUUCCACCGGGUUCUGAGGAAUCUUCACAGCAGAGCUUUCCUGAACUUUCACCUACUCCUAGAACCAGGUUUGGGAGACGGGUUGUGA